AUGGCACGCAAGAACGUCCUCUUGCUCGUGGCAGAUGACUUGGGCAAGCAGCUGGGCUGCUAUGGCUGCUCCUACAUCAAGACGCCCAACAUCGACAAGCUCGCCUCGGAGGGCAUCCGGUUCGACUAUGCGUUCGCCAGCACUGCGUCGUGCAGCGGCAGUCGCUCGACCAUCUACACGGGCAUGCACACCCAUCAGAACGGGCAGUACGGCCUACAGAGCGGCAAGCACCACUUCAUGACUUUCGACCACAUCGACACUGGCCCGGCAAUCUUGUCCAGACACGGCUACCUCACCGGCAUCGUGGGCAAAAUCCACGUCGGCCCCGAUGCCGUCUAUCCCUGGGAGUACAAGGCCGAGAGCCUGACCCGGGAUGUCUUCUGGAGCGCCGACCGGGCGGCAGAAGUAUUCGAAGCUUCCAAAGCCGACGGCCGUCCGUUCUGGCUCACGGUCGGCUACCACGAUCCGCACCGGGACCGCACCCGGGGCGGCUUCGGCAACGACGAGCCGUUCGACGCGGGCAUCAAGAAGGUCAAGUACCGGCCCGAGGACGUGACGAUCCCCGAGUUCCUGAGCGACACGCCGGGCGUCCGCCAGGAGCUGGCCAGCUACGCCGAGGCCAUCAGCCGUCUGGACCAGGGCGUGGGCAGGAUCCUGGACAAGCUGCGCCAGUCCGGGCUCGCCGACAGCACGCUGGUCAUCUUUAUCAGCGACAACGGCCCGCCCUUCCUCAACUCCAAGACCACGCUGUUCGACGCGGGCGUCCGCCUGCCGCUGAUCAUCCGGCACCCGGAGCUGCCGGCGUCGGUCAACCCGAACCUGGUCUCCUACGUGGACGUGCUGCCGACGAUCCUGGAGUGGACGCUCGGGCCGGCGUUCAACGCGCUGCCCAAGAGCGACGAGCGGGCCGGCCGGUCGUUCCUGGGCAUCCUGGGCGCGACGGAGCGGCAGCCCGGGUGGGACCACGUGUUCGGCUCGCACACGUUCCACGAGGCGACCAACUACUGGCCGACGCGGUUCCUGCGCACGGAGCGGUACAAGUACCACCGCAACAUCGCCUGGCGGCUGGACUUCCCGUUCGCCAACGACCUGUACGGCUCGCUCACCUGGGAGGACGUGCGCAACAACGUGGGCGCCGCCGACCCGGCGGUGGAGGAGAAGAAGAUCGGCGCCCGGCCGCUGCGCGACUACUUCUUCCGCCCGCCCGAGCAGCUGUUCGACCUGGUCGACGACCCGGCCGAGGUGCGGGACCUCGCGCGGGAUCCCGCGUACGCGGAGGUCCUGGCCGAGCUGCGCGGCCGGCUCGAGGACUGGCAGCGGAGGACCAACGAUCCGUGGCUGUACCGCGACGGCGUCUCGGUGUUGCUGAACAAGCACCAUCUGGACGCCGGCCUGGCCGUGCCGGACAAGUGGGACUUGGAUGUGGACAGGCCUGAGACGAAGGGCGAUGGGAUUAAGAUGUAUGAGAACAAACCGUUUGGCGUGAAGGGGCCGAGAUCGUAG